AUGGUAUAUUUGAUAUACACCAACACAGGCCAUUAUAAUAACGGUAAUUUUGACUGGCUUGGAAAUCUUUUGCAACAACAUCACAGGGGGUUUCGAUAUAUUGGAAUUGCAGCUCUCACAGCGUUAUCAGUCUACAUUUUAACACCAAGCUUAUUCGGAAGCAGAGACAAAGACAUGUUUUCCAGCUCCAAACGAAGUGACAAAUAUACUACGGGCCUUAUCAACAACAGAAAUGAUUGUUUCGCAAACUCCUCAGUGCAAGCACUUUCGGCCCUGCCCAAGCUGACCGCUUAUAUGAACGACUUUUUGAAGCAGGCGAAUUUUCUAAGAACACUGUUAGAUCGCGCCAAUGACAAGCAGGGAGUGAAUUCUGGCGAAGAUUCUCAUGACACGGGCCCAGUUUCGCACGCAGAUGAGCGUAGCAACUCGCUGGAGGAUUCAUUGGCGCCCGGCGCUGCGAGAACAAGGCCGAACCUGUUGCGCCCACAGUCUAACCUUCAAAGAUUCUCUUCGACAGCAACCAUCACGACCAUGUCAACCUUAGAGGAUGAACGUAACAGCCACAACCAUGGGGUUGCUACAGGGGAGACAUCUGCUGCCCACAGUGUAUACAGCAGUUCUUUGAGCAAAGAUCUAGAAUCCACGGCUUCGAGUGAAGAAAUUCCUGAGUUACCAAUGCAUGAAGGACUUGCUCAAAUUAUGUACCAGCUGCAGCAACUUGUUACUUCCAACAAAUACGUCUCUGUUUGGCCAUUCCUUCGCGUUUUGGAGACCAUAUUUGACGCAAAGAUAUCGUCGGGACAAAACGACGCGCACGAGUUGACUCAAGUAAUCUUAGAAACUCUUGAGAAGGAGAAUCUGAAACUCAAAAAGUUUGUCAAAUCAAAUUCCUUGAAUGUCAUUAUACCUGACUUUCCAGUUAAAGGUUCACUUGCUGACCACUUGGUAUGUCUCAGCUGCCAAGGGUCGUCCAAAGUCAACAAGCAUCCUUUCACGAUGUACUCGCUACCAGUUCCACAAGAAGUCUCCGCUGAUCUUUCUGCCAUGAUAGCAGAUAAUCAAACGGAAACCAUUGACGGUUACGCUUGCCUUUCGUGCCGCAUUAAAGCAAUACUGGCCAAUGAGGAAACGGCCGGGGACCAAAGUUCUUCCAAUGAUGAAAAGUUGAUCCUAGAGACCUUAUCAAGGAUACUUCCCGAUAUAUUCAUAAAUGAUGACCUGUCCGAGGACCUUCUGACCUACAUCAAUAACUACAAAAAAGGAGACUGUGAUGCUAGCAGUAUCAGAUCCCGGAUUGUUAAGAAGACUGUUGUUACGGAAUCCCCCGACCUUCUUAUUUUGCAUUUAUCAAGAUCCGUCUUCAACGGUACUUCAUACAGUAGAAAUGCAUGCUAUGUGAAUUUCGACGAAGAGCUUCACACUCAAGAACAGACUAUUGAAAACAACAGAUGCGUUGGAAUUAAACCGGUCAAAUAUGUUUUGAGAGCAAUGGUCAAACAUCAGGGUACUCAUUCUCAGGGCCAUUACGAGAGCUAUCGGAGGAAACCUGACUUGAUCAAAGAUGUUUUGUCUAAUCACGUUGUAAACAGAUCUCCAACCAUCGACUUUGGCCUGGAUUCAAAUCGUGAUGCUGCAGAUGCGUGGACUCAAAGUGCAAACAUAUCGAGUUCGGAUGUAUCUUCGAACUCUUCUCAGGAAUCUGUUUCUUCGCCCUCCGUACCUUUCAGAUCCGUGUUCCCCGAGUCAACUCCGGAAAUGCCACUCUCUACCCCUGUAGUGGACGAUGACGACUACAUUGUCGGGCGCCCGGACUCAGGCUCUUCCAGUGCUCCAAGUAGAAAGCCUUCCAGGUUGAAAAAGCUAACGGGAUUUUUGUCCAGACGCUCUUCCGUGGCCUCCCCUCCCGAGCCGCAGAACCGCGAUUCAAUUACAGAAUUCGACCCUGCCCGUGUCACAGGACGUAGCCGAGUCAACAGUGUUACAUCGGUAGACUCCUCUAACUGGGGCUUUACUUCAGGGGCAGAUACCAGCGCCAGUGAAAAUGAUGAACCAGCUUCUGCAGUUGAAAGAAAACUUAAAAAGAUCAAGAGUGUCAUUAACUACCCAUUCUGGAAGAUAUCUGACGCAGCGGUUCGCGAGGCCAAGAAAGACGAAGUCCUGGGAGACACCAAGUAUGUUUACAUGCUAUACUAUGAGCGUGUUGACGAGAGUUAG